AUGGCAAACGUGAUCGGCGGCGGAAUGCGAAAACCACCGAGAAUUAUGUCGAAGAGGCCGAAUGUUUUGCAAAAACGGCAUGAUUUGCGAAGAAAUGAGGAAAUAAAUAAAGCGAGGAAUCAAGGUUUUGAUAUGUCGCAUAGCGUUAUUCCAUUCAACCCGUCAACAUUUCGACCGAAGAAGUUGCCAGGUCUUGCAAAUGAAGUCGAAUCAUUUCCCUGUCGUUGUUGUGAUCGAGUCUAUUUAACCGGUGCCGGUUUGGCGAAACAUGCCCAAGAAUUGCAUCCGGAUCAAAUGGACAUUGUCACUCAAGAUAUUCAUUUGAUUUCGAAUGAAUGGAAGAAAAGAGAGUUUGAGGAGAUGCGAGCCCGCGAAAUAAUGACAAUGGAUAAAAUGCGGCAUGAAGCGCGAGCAAAUGAGUUAAUCCGGGCUUCAAUGAAUGGAGAAUACGACGUGCCUUUGGAAAACGAGCUGGGAGCCGAUCGAUACGAAGCCUGUGCCAUAUGCAAUGUUCUAGUCAACACCGCGAAUCCGAGCGCCAUGGAUCAUCAUCAGAAAGCGCACAAGAAGAACGAUCAGCUCCGAAUGCAAUUGUUGGAUCAAUAUGGAGCUGAGAUAGUUCGAAGGCUGACGUGCGAAUCAUGCUCACUUGUGUUCACCGAAGAGGGAAAAUUGCAGAUGCACAUUGCAGCGCAUCACUCGAGGAAAAAACGAUAUAUCUGUAAAUUUUGCGGCCACAUCUCUGCCAGUAUGACGGAAUUGAAUAUCCACAAGAGUGAUGUGCAUAAUAUCACUGAUGAAUGGAGUGUCGUGCCGAACUACAUGCGCUCGAAGCGUCAUUUUCGAUAUGAGGAUCCGCUGGCGAAGCGAAUCCGCAAGAUAGCCUCAAAUGCGUCGGCGGAAGAAGGAACUAGUCAGGCGGUUAUAGGGACCAUCACUGAUGGCGAUGUUCCUUGCCAAAUCAAUUGUCCCGAUUGCUCGCUGAAACUGAAUAGGCCUGUUUUGAUAAUAAAACAUAUGCUGAGGUGUCAUUCGAAACGGACGUUUAGCUGCGUCGUCGAAUCUGGUGGACUUCCGUCGUUUGGAAUCGACGUCGCCGAAUCGCAAAUCUUCUGGACGUGCUGCAAUAAUCGAUACGAGUCGCGAACGGAUUUCCUCGAGCAUCGGCGAAUGCACAUUCCUGAAGAGCAGAGUGUUCGAAUCGAAGAGCAAAUUUUGCCUCAAACGGUUCCGAUACAGACAGGAGCCGAUGAAGAGCCCAAUUUUGAAGGGCAAUUGGUUCAGGCUGAAGAUGGAUCGAUGCAGGUCAUCAUACCGGAAGGCGUUGAAAUCAAUGGGGAUAUGUAUGUGAUGCUUGAUCAGGAAUUUGAAGGAAGGCUCAAUUCAAAGGUGCCAUUAGUCUACGCACCACAGCAUCACUUCCAGCUGGAUCAGGGCAUGAUUAUCAAUCAGCAGCAGACGGUCAAUAUUCAGCAACGGGAGGGCGAAAUGAUGACGCUGACGCAGGACCAUUUCGAGCAGAUUCAGAUGGGAGAUGAUUGGGGGAAUAUGGAAAUUGUCAUGUUGAACAAUGAUGGAUUGGGUGAUGGAAUGAUGGAUGAGCAUCAUCAUCAUCAUCAACUUGGUCUUGACGAUAAGAAUUAUCAUAUAGGAGAUAUGAUUGUUGAUGAGAAUGAGGUUGAGAUAGGGGCCGAAGUUGAUGCAGACAUCCAUGGAACACCUCUGUUUGAUUGA